AGUUGAUGUUUCAUUGUUUUUUUGAGGAGGAGAGUUGUUUUGUUUUGAUAGUAUUUCUUUUUUUUUGAAAGACUGUUGCUUUUGAUAGUAUUUCGUAUUAGUCCACCGCUCGGGCUCUAAACUUAAUUUGCUUAUAUCAUAAUAUCUCAUAAAACAAAUAUUUGUCUUACUUUGACUUUGAAAUCUUGCUUUUCGCAUUCACACUGUGCAACAAGUUUUUGCCACGCGAUUUGUUUUGAUUUUUUGAUUGACUAUUUGUAACACAAGAAGAAGAAGAAGAAACGCCUGGGGCAUUCAUUCAUGUCAUAUCAUUGAGCUAUUCUAUUUCUUAAUAGUUAAGGUUUUUAUUUAUUUAUUUUUAUUUCUUUUCCCUUGGGGUUGGGGGAUUGAGAACCAAAAGAUUCUUGAUUGAUUUAUAUCUUGCAAAAAAGCAUUCUUUUUGCCGCAAAGAUUCUUUGUGGGCUAAAAGCAUCAAAAGGGUACGUUCAGAAUUUUUUAAAUUGUUCUGAUCCUUGCUGCUUUUGGAGAAAAUUUGUUUUAUGUCUGUGAUCUUGAGUGCCUUCUGCAUCAACCAUUGCUGGAGUUAAUGGGGUCUAUUUUCAGGUAAACACUUCAUUGAUUAAUUCACAUAAUGGGCUGGCUUAGCAAAAUCUUCAAGUGUUCAGACCAUAAAGUUUUGGACGGGCAUAGUGAUUGGAGAUAUGGAGCGGAUACUGCAGAGACUCAUCAAUCUGCAUCAUUGAAUUCAUGGAGAGAGACUGAAGAUAUAGACCGUGCUAUUGCAUUAUCGCUUUCAGAGGAAGACGUGAAAGGAAAAUCUACAGUUGAGAAAGAGCCACAAUUGGAAGAUGAUGAACAACUGGCGAGGGCCCUCCAGGAGAGUUUGGUUGUAGAUUCUCAACCAGAUUCAUGGAGCAGAAAUGAUACUGGAAAUGGAUAUGGAUACGGAAGUGGAUAUGAAUAUGGAUAUGGAUAUGGAAAUGAUAACCUUUACCAACCUAUAACGUUCCCCUAUUCCACCAGCUUCAGGAUCUGUGCUGGCUGUAAUAUUGAAAUUGGGCAUGGAAGAUUUUUGAGUUGCAUGAAUGCCCUCUGGCACCCACAAUGUUUUAGAUGCCGUGGAUGUAACCAACCGAUAUCUGAUUAUGAGUUUUCCGUGUCUGGUAGCUACCCUUACCAUAAAACUUGCUACAAGGAGUCUCAUCAUCCAAAAUGUGAUGUCUGCAGACACUUCAUUCCAACAAAUGCAGCUGGUCUUAUUGAAUAUAGGGCGCAUCCUUUCUGGUCCCAGAAGUACUGCCCUAAGCAUGAGCACGAUGGCACUCCUCGAUGCUGUAGUUGUGAGCGAAUGGAGUCAUGGGAUGCAAGAUAUGCUGCCCUUAACGACGGUCGAAAACUCUGCUUGGAGUGCCUGGACUCAGCAAUUAUGGAUACUCAUGAAUGUCAGCCCCUUUUUCGCGAUAUACAGGAGUUCUUCAAAGGAUUAAACAUGAGACUGACGCAGCAAGUUCCCUUGUUCUUGGUUGAGAAGCAGGCACUGAAUCAAGCCAUGGGAGGAGAGCGGCAUGGGCAUCAUCACAUGCCUGAAACUCGAGGUCUUUGUCUCUCUGAGGAACAGACAAUCACCAGCAUAUCACGGCGGCCAAGGAUUGGAGCUGGAAACCGAGUCAUGGACAUGAUAACGGAGCCGUACAAAUUAACACGCCAUUGUGAAGUGACAGCAAUCCUCAUUCUAUAUGGUCUUCCAAGGUUACUGACUGGAACGAUAUUGGCUCAUGAGAUGAUGCAUGCCUGGUUGCGACUUAACGGUUAUCGAGCUCUGAGACAAGACGUGGAGGAGGGUAUAUGUCAGGUCAUCGCCAGCAUGUGGUUGGAGUCUCAGAUCCUAUCGAUGUCUGAUAACAACAAUGCAUCAACCUCCAAUUCGUCGUCAGGGAAGGGAUCGACGUCUCCAUUCGACAAGAAGCUUAGCAAGUUCUUCAAACAUCAGAUGGCCACAGAUCCUUCUGUGGUGUAUGGAAAUGGUUUUCGAGCUGGCCAUCAAGCGGUGAUCAAGUUUGGGUUGCAGAGGACUCUCGAUUGCAUCCGAAAGACUGGAAAUUUUCCUUACUAAAUCUGCUUCCAACUUUUAAUGGAUUUUAUUAUCAUUGCUAUGAUUAUUUUUGUGAGUAAUUAGCUUAGUUUUUUUUUUUUUUUUUUUUUUUAUGUAUUAGCAUCUAAGGCCGGCGGUAUAUAGAGAGGUAAAUGCUUGUCAGCACAGAAGGGGUUUCAGAAUAGGUUUUGAGGAAUUAUUCAUGAACAUUGCAUUGUAUAGAUUCACACACGUACAUGAUUUUUUUACAGAAAAUAAGUAAAAAAAAAUUGAUUUUAGAAUUUUA